ACUUGUUCACUUUCUUUUACCAUGGACACUGGUAGCGCUUCAAUGGCAGGCCUAGCCUCACAAAUUUGCAGCCAUAUAGCCUCCAUCUUCUCCAAACCCACUACCGAUCCACCAGCCUUGGACCUAAUGGUAGCAGAGUUGACCUCCAUAGCCUCCCAAAACGGCCGCGUCUUUCUCUACGGAGUAGGCCGAGAAGGUCUAAUGCUGAAAGCCCUCUGUAUGCGCUUGGCUCAUCUGGGCCUUUCUGCUCACUUCGUCUUCGACAUGACCACUCCUCCGAUUACCUCCAAGGACCUUCUCAUAGCCUCGGCCGGCCCUGGUGGAUUCUCCACCGUCGACGCAAUUUGCUCGGUGGCAAAAUCUCACCGUGGUAGAGUCUUGCUGUUGACUGCCCAGCCUGAAACGGGAUCCAGUGUGAAGUAUGCCGAUGUGGUGGCGUAUGUGGCAGCACAGACAAUGGCUGACGACGAGGAAGAUGGCGGUGGUAAGGAGAAAUCUAGAACUUUGCUGCCUAUGGGGAGUGUUUACGAGGGAGGAUUGUUUGUGUUGUUUGAGAUGGUGGUGUAUAAAUUGGGCGAGGCUUUGGGAGAGAGCCCUGAGGCUAUUCGAGCUCGCCACACCAAUCUUGAGUGACAAAAAUGCCUGGUACAUGAUGCCGUAUAGGUUACCAGCUCUGUGAGGAAAUGGAGUUUCAGUCUCAGAAAUCUCAUCCAUUUUCCCACCGUAUGCCACAAAUGUGAUUAUUGCUGUUUUGGCUUCUUCCUCAUAGAACUUG